GGUAGGACAGUAGUGGUUUGGCCGGUGAUACUCAUACUAGUGCUAGUAUUGACUGACCACCACUACUACCAUCAGCACCAGCACAUGGUUGGACACUCAGUAUCGGCAACAGAUGGUGUCGAGUGUCCACCGAAACCCGACCCCAAUUACGAAGGACAGAUUAUAUGGGAAGCUAACGGUUGCGGUCACUGUAAAUGGAUAACAGCUACCGGUGCUUACGAGGAUACCGUUAGGCUACGAUUAUGUUGCGGACGUAUAGAUGAAAUUCAAAUGAGAUUUCAAUUGUAUUACAAACUGUGUACCAUUACAUCCAAAGAUAGUUUGGAUCAAUCGUAUAAUACAUUAGUUUUUGAACGUAAAAAUCAAUGCAAAAACGAGGAUCACGUCGACUAUGAUAAGCCAUUGUGCGACAAACAACCGGUCGAUUUGGAUUGCAAUGACUGUCUGUAUUAUAGACAACAUAUGAUGACGGCUAAUGAGACUACCGUUCCCAACACUAUGGCUAGUAGUAGUAGUAGUAGUAGUGAUACCUCCGUAAGUGAUACUGUAGUAGUCACCACUGAUGAUGAUGUUGGCAGCAAUGGUAGUCCCAAUGGUAUUGACGAUACACAGACAACAGUUAUCGCUGGCACCGGUAGUACAAUGUUGACCAAUAAUGAUAUCCUACCUGUUACCAGUAGUAGUGGUGGUGGUGGUAGUGAUAGACCUGAUACGGGCAACAGUACUACUACAACACCGUCGAUGUCCUAUAAUAUCACUGAAAAGCCAACUAUUGGUGGUAUUGGUACUACUGUUGCGGGUAGUCUAUCGAUGGCUGCAAACAUAGGGUUGGAUCUAAUAUUGUUGAUAAUUAUGAUGAUAAUGAUGGCCAACAUGUGGACUACUACUGUCCCACUAAUCAAUUGAUUGUAUUAUAAUCUAAAACACAAUU